AUGCAGACAGGUGCUUUACGGCCAUCAGCCCGUUAUCUACCUUAUGUAUGCUCAACGUGUCGUCGGCGAGCCCAGCAGCGAACCAUAGCAGCCAAUGGACUCGGCAAAUACGCAAGAAACUUCCAACAAGCCUCCCCCGCUAUCCCGCCUGACUCUGAGGCGAGAGAGCAUGAGCUCUCAAACAAAGAUGUGGAAGCAUCGAAAGUGCCUUUGCUUCAGCUGCUCGAAGGUCGAGGCUUGCUGAACCAGGUGAUCGGCAAGAGAGACGAACUCGAUAGAAUAUUGAACAAGAAAGGAAAUGGAAUUUACUUGGGAAUAGAUCCUACCGCGUUAUCGUUGCACGUUGGUCAUCUGGUCCCUCUGAUGGCUUUGUGGUGGACUUACUGCUAUGGCAAUCGCGCAUUCGCUCUACUUGGAGAAGCCACUGCGAAUAUUGGGGAUCCAUCAGGGAGGACUUCUGCCCGGGGCAGACGUACUACAUCGCAGACCAGAGCCAAUCACGGUGUGAUGAAGGCCCAAUUAGCGCACCUUUGGGAGCACGCCGAUGCAGCUUUAAUGCAGCAUCAAAACGAUGCUUGGAGAGGCCAGAAGCUGACACAUCGCUUUCGGAAUAAUGCAGAUUGGUAUGAUAAGACGAGAUUCACGGAAGUACUGCAUCUCUUAGCACCUGGCAUGAGACUUGGUACCCAACUUGGGCGGGACUCGGUCAAGCUUCGCUUGGAAAAUGGAAACGGAAUGUCACUUGCCGAGUUUCUGUAUCCGAUGGUGCAAGCGUGGGACUGGUGGCAUCUGUUCCAAGCUGAAAAGGUCUCCAUACAAAUUGGCGGUUCCGAUCAGUUUGGAAAUAUUCAGGCAGGUGCGGAUGGAAUCAAUUAUAUCAUGUCUCUCCCAACGCCUUUACUUGGAGUCCUGCGACCCACGACCGAUGAUAGCCCAUGUGGCUUCACGACGCCGUUGCUCACUACAUCUUCAGGAGAGAAAUUUGGGAAGAGUGCAGGAAACGCCGUCUGGCUCGACAGAAACCUGACCAGUCCAUUUGCGUUCUAUCAAUACUUUGUGUCUAUAUCAGACGAUCAGGUUCACAAAUAUCUCAAGCUUCUGACUUUCAAAAGUCUAGAAUCUCUUGAUCUAUUGAUGCAAAAUCACAACGAAAAUCCUUCAAAACGCCUCGCUCAGCAUUGUUUAGCAAAGGAAGUCACCGCUUUAGCUCAUGGACAAGAGAUUGCUAAAGCAACAGAAGCGGAGCAUCAAGGGCUAUUCCAACCCAACACGACGUCAAAUAAAAGCGUUGUGAUUGACUACAACCCGAAAGGUUGGAAUGACGUUACCACCACAGUACCCUAUUCACUGCUAGACAUCGCAGCAAACUACAAGAUCUUGCAUUUUGCAGGCCUCACUUCAACCAAGGCGCAAAGCUACAGUGUUGGAAAAUCUGGCGGUACUCACUACGCAUCUUAUGAUGGUGUUGCCAAACUCACCUUCAGUAUAUUCGUCAUCGGCGGACAAAAUCAGCGACAGGAUAUUGAGGACAAGAUAAUGGAUCUUCCACACGUAGGCAGAUGCUUAAUCCUCCGCACUGGAAAACGAAACCCCCGCCUUUUGAAAUUUCUGCCGGAUCAAGAAUUCGCGAACUCAGAAUUUGACUUUCCCCAUUCCAAGUCAUGGUGGGAUCUGCCCAGCAACAAGAUCAUGUGGGGACAUCUCAGAGGAAAUAGGGGUGGAGAAGAAGCCGCCGAGACGGCACCGACGAAGGUAAACUUGGGAGAAUAA